UUGAAACAUAAUGGAGAAAAUCUGAGACUCUCUAUGGCAAUCUUAAUGCCUGCAUCAAAUUACACUGUGUAUGUACAUGAUCUGGAGAAGGGUGGACUUCCCAACAUACAUCCAGCUAACCUUGUCCCUUCUAGUGUUGAGAUUACGCGUGGUGAAGAAAACUACAAAGCUCCUAAUGACGAGAACCUGAAUAAUGCCAGCAUCUCCCGACAUGGCUCAAUUUUGAAUGUCACCUGUACUCCUGAUGAGCACAGUGCAUCGUGUGUUCUGGUCUUCAGAGCACGUGGCAACUAUAUGUUGAACUAUGAAGAAACCUUUCCUGUUACUGUCAAUCUUGAUCUUGACGUGAACUACACAUUUGCACUGUUCAAAAGGCUAAACAACGAUACUGAUGAAAGACCCUUUUUAAGCAUGUUUGUACAGGGAAAAGAAGAUCCUUCACAACCACCGUCAUCAUCAACUGGGACACCAGAGAGAGCUGAAACCACAUCAUUAGUUGUACCUGUCACUAUUGGAGUGUUGGUGGCUCCGAUCAUUAUUCUUGUGGUGGUGGCUGUGAGCAUUAUAGCUAUUAUGUUAAGAAAGAAGAAAUCACGGAAAUCAGUAGAGUUUGUUGAGUACGUUGAUACAAAGGCAAGUAACACUGCUCUACUGAUGAGUAGAAUAGCAGAUGACGGUGGUAUGAAGAAUGAAGAGAGUAAAGAAGGAGAGGAGAGUAAAGAAGAAGAGAGCAAAUGUGCAGUGGUGCUGACCUCAGUAUCAGUGUCCAGGCCGUAUCUGCCGGAUGUUACCCAAGUCCAGUACCGGGAGAUUGAUAUCAGAGUUACUCAUAAAAUGGCCCGUUCUGCCUACACUGAGAUGGAACCUCUUUCUGCCAGCAGACCCAAACCCUCGGAGAUGGACACAAGGACACGGUGUCCUUACGUCACAAUCCUACCUCAUGCCACAACUCCUGUGAAUGACAAUGACAACAGAGACCAGGCAUCACCUAGAGUCCUACAUUAUUACAUGUCUCCUCUUCCCCUAGAACUCCCCACAGUGGCGCCAGUGAUGUCACUGUUGUGGGGUGUGGCAGGUCGUUGGAAGGAGAUAGCAGAGGGUCUAGAGUUUGUUGAGGAUCUGAUUGAUGAGAUAGACGACAACAACGACAUGGACGAGGGCUGUCUGCAGCACUGUGUGGAUAUCUGGAUUUCCAAACUACAGCCAUCCUGGGAGAAACUGUCUCAUGUACUGAGAGAUAUGGGGGAAGUGGAACCUGCCCAUCAGGCCUUGAAUAAAGAGCCACAAGAGCAGUGGCAGGCACCGAGUAGGCAGACCAGUUACUCAAGCUCAAAUGCAGUCGUUGCCGAUGCCUCAUCUCAGUCCACUGACUUCAGUGGUGAGAUGGUGCCUGGAGUUGAGAAGACACAAGCUCCUGAUGGUGGCAACAAUGAAGACCAAAGCAGGGAAGGCAAGGUGUGUCCCAGGGGACUCCCCACUCGGUUGAACUCCCUUCUUCAGCAGCAGUUUAUAAAAUAGACUGAGACUGCUGAGAUUUUGCUGUUUUGAAGGAACAAUAAUAAUUUUGCUCCUGAUGUCAGCUUUAACAAAAAAAACUGUAGUGUGGAUAUGCUUGUCC